AGUCGUCAUCAACGACAGCCCCAGACAACACUCACCGAUAGCAAGUAGCGCCGCCGACGUUUCGAGAGCAGAGUAUCCAAGCUAGCCAAGCGCGCACCUCGGUGACCUAGCUAGUUCAGGCGACGAUAUGGCGUCAGGUCAGGAAAGCAGGAAGGAGCUGGACCGCAAGGCCCGCGAGGGCGAGACCGUCGUCCCCGGCGGGACCGGCGGCAAGAGCGUCGAGGCCCAGGAGCACCUCGCCGAAGGGCGCAGCCGCGGAGGCCAGACUCGCAGGGAGCAGCUGGGGCAGCAGGGGUACAGCGAGAUGGGGAAGAAGGGCGGUCUGAGCACCACGGACGAGUCCGGCGGCGAGCGCGCCGCCAGGGAGGGCGUCAGCAUCGACGAGUCCAAGUUCACCAAGUAGUCCUAUCGCGUGCGUGCGUACGCAGCGUUCGUAGCUGUCUGCGUAGUGUACCUUGGCCGUAGCUAGUGCUACUCUCUACUUUGGAGUAGCUGAAUGAUAAUAAUGUAGCUAGCAGCAUGCAUGUAGGCGAUCAUACAUACGUACGUACACAGGUACGUGUGUGUGAUCAUGUAUGCUUCCAGAAGGGUAUCCUAGCUUAAUCAGUCACGUCGUCAAGUCGUCAAUAUGGCAGGUUCGCGUCAGGGCUUUGUAGUUUGAUAGCCUGUUUCACGACUCCUCAAUAAUCAAGUAGUGUAAUGAAAGUUUGGCGGUUCCUUGUUAUUA